UAUGCCUGGCGGCGUUCACUGUGCUGCUGGGCCGCGGCGUGCUGGCGCACUCCACGCAGGACGGUGAGAUGGGCUUCUCGGGCGGGCUGACCGUGCAGGACCCCCCCGCGGGCUGGCCGCUCAGCGAGCUCGGCCACCAGGACAGAGCCCGGGCCAUGGCCGCGGCGGCGGCGCCCAGGGAGUCCUGGCAAUCCACCACGUGGGGAGCCGUCCAGGAGCCCGAGCCCGCCGAGUCCCGCGGCUCCGUCCGCUGGUACAGCCCCACGCCCGCAGAGCCCUUCGCCGCCGACCAGCAGCAGAUGGCGUCCCAGGGCGACGGCUGGUUCGCACCGGAGGACCACCCGCUCCGCCAGGGCCGCGUCCUGGCCGCGCACCCAGACCCGCACCCGCCGUCGGCGCCGCCCCCCGCGCAACACAUGUACUUCUCCAUGUCGCAGGACGCGGUCGCCGCGGCGGGCAGCGAGACCCCCCAGGCGUGGCAGCCCACCAACUCGCGCUACAAGAGGAAGCGCGUCAAAGCCAAGCAGCAACUGCAAGAGCAGCAACAGCAGCAGACACAGUCCGACCAAGAGCAGGCCAUACAGCACCAGCAGCAACAGCAGCACCAGCAGCACCAGCAGCACCAGCAGCACGAGCAGCAGCAGCUACAGCAGCAGCAGCAGCAGCAAAUAGGACAGCAGCAGCACCAGCAGCAACUGGAGCAGCAGCAGCAACUACAGCAACAGCAGCAGCAACAGCUCAUUCAGCAGCAGCACCAGCAGCUGGAGCUGCAGAACCAGCAGCAGCUUCAAGAGCCACAGCUGCAGCACGAACCACCGCCCAUCGAAGUCAAGAAAAGCAAAAAGAACAGCAAACGCGUCAACAAACGUCGCCCACCGCCGGCCAUCCAGUCGCAGCCUCCUCAGCAACACGUCCUGUCGCAGGUGCCCGAGGGCGGCCAGGGCCCCGAUCCUACCGUGAGCGUGGGCUACAGCAUCGGCUUUGCGGCGGGUCCUGAGAGCGGCGAGCGCCACAACGGUGAUUUUUACCGGGGCUCCGUCCAGAACGAGGUGGUGCACGGCGAGGGUGCCGUCAGCUACACCAACACCGUGCUGCCCGCCAGCCAGGAGGGGCUGCAGCCGGAGCAGCAGGGUGGCGUCGUCAGCAGCUCCGCCAUCAACGGCAGGCCAAUCUACGUGCCGCCCCUGCAGCAGACCCUGCAGCAGACGUCGUCGGUGACCUUCGGGUCGCCGGCGCCGACCGCUGGCUACCAGGCGCUGCCCACGCCACAGGCUCUUAUCGGCGGCCCCCAGCCCGCCUUCAAUUUGGUCGCAGUGACGCCCUCGCCCGCUCCAGCUGGGCCGUUCAUUAUCAGCACCACCCCGUCGUACUCCACGCACACCAUUUUUGGUAGUGGGUCGGCCAAGAGCGAGUUCUCCCUCGGCCCCACCCACAAGCCGCCCAAGGCCGUGUCCGCCGUACUCCACAUCAACGACGGCACCGACUUCGCGUGGCAGGACGUGGGCAAUGGCGUGGAGGUGUCGGCGCCCAUCACCCCCAACGGCCUGCGCGGCGGCUACCGCGACAGCAUCCCCAUCAUGGAGGACACCGACGACGCCGACCCACCCGCCGCCCCCUUCGAGGCCAGCACGGCGGCAGCGCUGCAAAGCGGCCCGCCCGCGUACGCCCACAGCCAGGGCGCCGUGUUUGGCGAGAGCGGGCGGGUGGAGAGCUCCGAGGCCCGGCCGCUGCUGGAGACGCCCUCGAACCACCUCGCCGAAGAGCCACCCUCCAAGCCGGACCCCUUCCGCGGCUUCACCUCCAGCUCCUUCAUCGACUUCAUGCGCGCCUACACGUCCAACACCAGGCAGCCACACUCGGGCGGCCGGGGGCCGAGUGGACUUGGCGACUCGCUGCUCAACACCAAGCUGGGCCAGGUGUACUACAUCCCCAACGAUACGCCGGGCGGCGACCCCAUCCCUGCCAUCAUCAUGCCACUGUCCAGGCUGCGCGAACUCCAGGCAGCGCUUCCGAGUGGCAAGAAGCCAGUGUUCGACUUACCUCCGGCAGAAGCCGAGCAGCCACACUUUGGCAAGGCACCCUCGUUUGCGGAGAGCCCCUUCAAGUCGUCGUCUUUCUCGGAUAUCCCCUUCAAAUCCUCCUUCGACGAGCCAAGCAACGCCUUCAAGUCGCAGUCCUUCUCGGACGCACCCUUCAAGUUCGCGGACUCGCCCUUCAAAACGCCCUCCCCUUCCGAUUCCCCCUUCUCGGCCGAAGCACCUUUCAAGUCCUCCUUCGGCGGAGGCGACCACCGCGGUCCUGGAGGUCCCCCGCCCUCCAAAUACCGGCCGUCCUUCGGCAAGGGGCCCGGCAAAGAGGUGUAUUUCAAACAUCAGAGGCCAGGACCGCCGCAACUCGUGAGCUACAAGCAGCAGGGCCCGCGAUUCGGGGGGAGCAGCUCCGGCGUCAAGGUCACCAAGAGCGUCGCCGUGUACGAGGAUCACCAGACUGUCAACAACAAACAGCCGCAGGUCUCCGCCAACGAGCAGAACCCUGCGCUGCAAUGGCCGCCCAAGGAGACCGUCGAGGUGCAGACGUACCUCAUGCCCAUCGAGCAGUUCGACGGCCUCAAGAGCAGCGGGCCCUCCCUGCCCCCGGGACACCCUGGCCAUCACGGGCCCGUGCGGGGACAGGGGCCGCCCUCGGGGCCGUCACACCACCGCGAGGUGCGCAGACCCGCGGGCCACCGGCCCAUGCGCGCCCACCAGCUCCAUCAGCAGCCACCCCACCAGCAGCAGCAGUUCCACCAAGCCCACCACUUGCCCAGCCAGCACGAGUCUGGAGCCUUCGCCGUCACCUCGUCCUACCGGGUGCGGCCAUCCGCCGGCUGAACGCACCGUGGCAGCGUGACGGUCUGUGACGAGUCAGACAGUCGGGCCGUCACGUCGUCUUUUCGAUCACGAGACGAGGUGUAGCUCGCCGCCAAGUAGACAGAGUGCACUGCGAUGCAACGAGUCGAGCACUCACGUUUUUGGCCAAAAUUAUUCAGUAAAUAAUGUGUGCGCCUGAUUCGUUAACAAGAUCGAUCUCGACCUUCUCUACAGAGGAUUUAUUUAUUUUAACAGAGGUAGAUACUGAGAUUAAGUCAAAGAGUUGGCCAGUUCAUCGCUCAGACGGGGUUGACGGAUUUUGUAAGAUUUUGGGGUUACGCCCCCGUCCACAGCGGCCAGUAAACCGGAUUGACACUGACAGGCUUUUAAUCGCAUAUUACAUAUGGGGUGCCACUACCUCGUCAACGUUUAAAAGCUUAUCUGUGAAAUUUAACACUCCGGCCGUUGGGGAUCGGGUAGUUGUGGUUAAAUGUAAAACAAAAACAAAUCAUGUAGUUUAAGAGAGAGUAGGAUUAAGUUAUUUAUUUUUUUGUUAUGUAUUUUUCUUUAAAUUAAAAGAUAUCAAACCCCGUU